GGCCAGCCGGAGACGUUUAUUGCUCGGCAAUUCCAUUACAAUGUUCUACUCUACCAUUUUUGUGACUGCGGUGAUGCUGGAUACCAAGUCUAAAGGGAAGCGACGGCUUGAGCGGGAAAAGGAGAUUGAAGCAGUGAAAGCGGAAGUCCGGGAAAUGAAGGAGGAAGAGCAUCGUAUAUUGGAGUCGUUGGCACGAAGAUGGAGACCACUCCAGCGUUCUUUCCGGUCGGCGAGACGUCACUAUAGCACGGCUGCAAGCCCCGUGGCAGAGUAUGAACGAUACCGGAGUAUGGCCUCGCAAUCAACUAAAGAACUGUAUGAGGAUGCUCCCGAAAUUCCCUCCCAGACAAUUCCCGAAAAUGAGGAUGAACAAGAACCUUUCGAAGGAGCGCCAGAGAUAACACCCACGCGAAAGAGGGCUAUACGACUACUUGCUAUGAGAAUGCUUGGGAUAAGAUUAUUAUUGCGGCCUUCUAUAGCGCAUACAUAUGGAACCGAAAGCAAGACUCGUGUCCACAAUCCCAAGCCGGUCAAUCUGAGCGUAGACGAACUACUUGAAAAACUUGAAGUAGUACAAAGGCGGCUUAUGCAGAUUAAAUUUUCUUCAAAGGCUUAUUACGGCGACGUUUGCGUCGAUAUCAAUCUCGACGACCAUGGACGUCUGCUUCAGACGAGAAACGCAGCGUCAUAUAAACUACUGAGUCUUUUUCAUUUUUACGAGUCUGGGAGUAUUUCUGUCGAUCAUCUUAUUUCAGAAGUUGCGCGGAUACUUAUCGCCGCAGAGGAACCUCUAUCUCCGAGGGGUGUUGAGACAUUGAUUUCCAAGUUUGCCCGGGCCCGAAUGAAUGACGUGGUGAAAAUGGCGAUGGACUCCUUAUUUAAAAAUUCAUUUCCCUUGACGAUUCCCGUUAUAGUCUCUUCGCUCAGUUGGUUUAGCAAGGCCAGGGAUUUAUCUGGAUUUGAAAACUUUUUGGAUUUACUACGGAGGCCUGACCCGUUCGUCGAUAUGCCUUUGCGCUGGCAUUCCACCAACAUCGGUGGUGUUGAAAUAGCCAUUCCUCCUAGUUCGACGCCUAGCCCCUUCGUUCUCAACUCCCUCAUUGCAUGCGCUCUUCAAUUUGAUCAACCGCACAAGGCCGACGCAUGGCUUGAUGUAUUGCGUGCGAUGGGCUUUAGUGACACGAUCCCAACUCUAGGAGCUUAUCUUCGAUAUUAUUCACUUCGAGCCGACUGGACGAAGGGUCGACAUGUCUUGAUGAGGGCUGUCUUCUAUCUUUUGUCAAGUAGGAAUCAUCCGAGGCACGAAAUUGAGCGGCUGAUCCUCUACAUGAUAAUACUAUGCGAAACCUGUGGGAGGAAGCAGAUCGCCGAUCUAAUUGUCGAUGCAGCAGUCUCCUCUGGGGUUAGAUGGGAACACUCAACCUCAUCACGAGAUUCCAGGCCAGCGUUAUUGUGGGCAGUCCAGAAAUGGCGAGAUGCUGCCAUCGAUUCCGUGGAUAGUGUAGGCGACCUCUCUCCAGGAGAAAGAUACUUUCAGUUUGCACGAAAAAUUGAACCGGGCAUUCGAAGAGUGGUCGAGGAAUUUCUUCCAGAGGAUGAUCUAACGCAGCAACGACUGAGGCUUCAAGAGAGCUUCAAUAUGAAGUAUUACAAGUUAAUAACCAACUUUGGCGAUAGUCCCUCUCGUCCUACCUCCACAGUCAAAGAUCCAAUAGACGAGUUCGAGUCGACCAAAACAGAACUAAGGAGACUACGGGGGGUCGUCAGCCUCCAAGGCGCGGUAAUUGCGAAAUUAGAGGCCUCUAUAUCAUCUCCACCUAGGACACACGGCAGGGCACCCUGGCACACCAAGUCGUCAAUACAUGCACGAACACAAGACAAUAUGGCGAAUCGGGAAUUCGGCGGCUUUCCUAACAAUAUAAGGGGUAAUAGAUAUCGGCUAGGUUCCAUCCUCAAUCGGGGGAGUUUCGCUCGAAACAAUAAAGACGAGAACCAAACCGCGAGCGUUGAUAUCCGCGAUGAUACCGAGGUGCCCCGAUAGUUGCCCUGAAUCCAUAACCUUAGGACAUACCGACAGUCGUAUGCAUAGCUGGAUACAGUGCAUUAUGUUAGCAUCCAAUCCAUACCUGCUGCCCACAGGACUCAUUUGUAACCCGUCGUCCCUUGACCACCUUUUACCUUUUUCACCUGCACAGUCUACAAUGAAAACGCCGGCGGCUUUUCUUUUAGUAUCUGCCCGGCGUGGCACUUUGAUGUUCAAUGAUUUCCACGCCAGUAACCGAGUUUUUUUCCUCGAUAUACCUGUACGAAUAGUUACCUAUCUUUUGGUUACCAUAUAAAAUCAUUUCCAUGCUUUAUAUUAGGAAUUCUUCGCUCCUCACCGGGUGCUCGGUUUGGUACCUCACACCUCGGGAACUUGGAUGUGUGAAUGGGUUGACGGUUUUAAUUAUA